GGUCGACUGCCUACACAUCCCUCUACUUAUGACCUAAGAUUGUUCGCGAUACAUAAUGUCUCAAGUAGCAUCAACUCGAUUCUGUCCACGGCUCUCGAACCGCUUACAACUUCGCACCGCAUUCUCUACAUGGCUUCAUCCAGCGAUCAAAAGACGUCCAAGAGACGAGUCGGACGCCAGCGCCAGCCCCCUCUUGCACCUGGACCUCCAUUUCAGUUUGUCGUCGCCAGUCACCCGGAUGAUUUCAAGGAUGGGAAGAUCAUGAGAAAAGUACGAUCGCACGUCAUGUAUACACACCGCGAAGCCUUGUCACCUACGGACACAGCUGGGAGUCAAGAAGGCAGUAGCACACCAAAUCUCACGACACGUACACCUAGCCCAGCGAUAGCCAGCACGAGCAGCAUGUCACAGACGAUUGCUUCACAGGCAGCUACUUCCUCAAGGCACCAUGGCAGUGGGUGGGAACAAGAUGCGCAUGGAAUUCAAAUACCGUCACCAUCUACCCAUCCCGUGCGAGUGCUUGCCGCUCGGAUACAUUCCGCAAUCACCAAAGCGUCCCCUCAUAGCCAGGCCCGAGUCUUCGACGAGGUCCCUGGGUACCCUUUUCCCGGGGGCAACGCUUCCCGACAUGAGUUGUUGGAUGAUCUGAAGCGUGAAUGGAUUGGCACUACCACCUUCUACUGUUACGACCAAGCGUGGAUGCAAUACGUUUGCGGCAAUCAUCUUUCGUUCCUUAGCCACGUACACGCGACACUGGUCUAUCAAGAUCUCGACGAAGGCCUACUAUACGACAGUGAUCUUACUGUAUAUGCGAAGACCAGGAUGCUAGGGCUGUUCCAUGGCCGACUGGAUACAGAUGAUACCACCGUUCUCAGCAUACUCCACAUGCUCAUCAGCGAAAUCGGUAGCCCUGAGGAAGAUGCAUUCGGUGUACAUCAGGAUGGCUUGGUGACCUGUAUAAGGAACCGACGAGACGGGCUAGGCCCAAACAUCGCGACGUUCAUGACUUUGGUCAUGCUCACCUUUGCCAUCUGUCGCGGACAGAACGAGUCGGUCGAACUCACACCACGAUCAUCUUCUGAAGCUUGGAUCGGUCACAACAGUCCGGUCUCGCCGCUGUUAGUUUCCCGGGAGCAUAUACCCUCUCUAUACCGCAACGGCUCAACAACUACAAACGACAUCAUCCGAAAGAUGCAGAGGUGUACCUACAUCUUCCUGACAAGAUGGACACACAAAGGUGACCCUCAUAUGAUUUCAAGCGGCCAGAUAGCGACAUGCGACGCAGAACUACAAGACAUAUAUUCUGAUCUGCUUUUACUGCCCUCUGCAGAAUACGACAAUCAGCCAGACUGGAUCUACGAGAGCUGUCGUAUUGCUGCUUUGAUCUACUGUAGAUCGGUAGUCCAUGGUGCAACACUUGCGGAUUCGGCAAAUAUCAUGCACGCAAGCAUAUCUGGCUCUAGCUCCGAAAGCAUUACUCUCCUUGCAGCCUUACAUUCUGCGCUCGCCAAAUCAGAGGUUCAAACCUGCUGGGGCUUCGACCUAUCUGGCGCUUUCCUCUGGGUAGCUCUCGUAGGAGCAGCGGCAUCAUGGUCCGCACCGCACUCCUCUUCAGAUGAGGCAUUGCAAGCUUCAGCCUGGAUGAGGAAGUGCUUUGCGCUAUAUGCAGUCAGAGCGGCAGUCUCAGUCCCUUUUGACUAUGCCGACGCCACGAUACAAGCCUUGCGCACAAUGCUGCAGGUCCGGCGGUUUAUAACUGUCAAAAUGGGCCCGACCCUCCCUCAAUGAGCUCAUCGCGCAUCCCCAUUUUCGUUCUGGUCGCUUGUACGCUCAGUUUUCCAAUUCUCGUCACCUGUACAACAGUCGUUUCGUUCACGUCACUUGUGUUAUCAUGGUAUUCGCGUGGUCGCUAUAGCCACGGAAGGAUCUCGCAG